GGCAGAGGAAACCUUGGUGCUAUUCGCAGGAAUGCAUUGUUCCUGAGAAGAUUUUAGUCUUUUGAUGGAUUCUUUAAGACGUUUUGCCUUUUAAUCUAAAGAAAAUUAGUCCAAAAUUUUAAGUGAACGUUUCGAGAUGUGCAUUUAGAAUGCUAGCGAUUCCAGAAGAGCCUAGUGAAAUGAGGUAAGCGUUGUUCUAAAGUCACCAGGGACGCGAUAGUUCGUGUGGUCGCGAAGCGAUUACGUGUUAUAAGAAUUUUUUACCACGGAAGUUCUCUAUUUGUUCGUUUAUCGUAUUGAGCUGAUGAAGAUUGUUUGUUCAGUAUUAAAGACGAAUUGUAAUUCUUCGUUUUUUUCAUAGACGUAGCGAACAUUUUUUCGAGAAAAGAUGUGUACUGCGUUGUGAAAUAUUUUUGCAAUUUACUUUCGUGUUUUUUGACGUGAAUUUCAUUGAUCGUGAGUGUUUGUGAUCAUGAUCGAUUGAAUGCCUCUGCUAGCUCUUUGAACGAUGUUAGCAUUUAUUGCCUUUUCGAUUAUUAAAAAGUAAACGGCCUAUAUGAUUUAAACUGAGACUAAAGUAUCCUUGUAAAUAAUUUAUCUGAGUACUGUAUGGUUCGAUUACAGUCAUUAUUUGGCUUGAAAUACAGUCGAUCAUUCCUUUCAGUUUUUGAAAGGCACUUCAAAGAAGGCGAAUACAUUUUUGUCCAAGAAUGCCUCAACGCUUUUUGUUUUUUGUUUUGGAUUGGUUUUCGUCCAUUCACUUUUUAAUGCCUUUAGAAGUAUAUGUACGUAUUGAGUUAGUAAAGAGCUGAAGUAUAAAAUAACUUCAAGAAUCGAUACAAGUCAGUGCCUUGUACAACCCACUAUGUUUCGCUUCUUUUCUUUUCACUUUUGUCUUUAACGAGAGCAAAUGAUAAUUAUGUGUUAUAUUCUUUUCAUGGGAUCAGUAUUGAUAAGAAAAGAUUUUGAUCUGUGAAACACUGACUCAGAGGUUUUUUCCUGUUUUCUUCCUUCAUCCAAUUGUUCCUUUGCUUUUGAUGAGGUCUGUUCAUUGUAAUAGAGAAGUUUCUUAAGGGCGCCAAUACUCCAAAAGCAAAGUAAUUUAAACAGCCAAUUAGAUUGGAGAUUAACAUAAUCAGUAGCCAAUGAGGUCUCAAGGUAAAAAUAGGCACCUAAAGGGUGGGAAAGGACAAGAUACCAAGGUAUUAUUGGUUAAACUUCCCAUUUGAUUGGUUGCGAGAGAAAUGCAAGUUUUUUUAGACCAGUUAUAGCUAAGUAAAACAAAACAAGUCAGUCCUGGAUUUCUUUCAAUACUUGACUGAAAUUUGCUUCAAAAACAUUUUUUGUUUCCUCUCACAGAUUGUGGGGCAGCCCCCCUCCUUUCAGCAGGGACUCUCUAUUUGAUGACUUUUCACCAUCCUUUUUGGAAUAUGAUGUUGCUGCUGAGGUUGAAUGGUAAGCAACUCAUGACUGGAUUUUCUUUUUCAUUUUUAGAUGUUCCACACAAACAAGAUUAAUCAUUUUGAUUAUUUCCAUAAUUUUUAUUUUAACCUUGUCCAGAAGUCCGGGGUUGUUAAAAAAAUAAGCCUGAUAGAUGAGCCAGAUUGUGAACUUUUGAUAAUAUGAUGGUUUUUGUGAUGAGGAAUGAAAAAAUUAAUGUCAGGUGCUCAUAAUAAUCUGUUUCAGAAAACUUUUUGUUUGAUCAACUAAUAUUUUGGCCUGUACCAUGUUUAGCACAUAAAGAAUAUAGACCAAACAGUCAGAUAGAGGCUUAACUAAAGGUUAUUAAGGCACAAUUUUUUUUUGUUAGUGGCCAAGGAUUUGACAGGGAGGAUGAAUUAAUGAAUUGCUGGUACAGCGAGUCAACUUCAGCUGCAUCUUCAGUGGAUUCCUCCGAAUAUAACUCAGAUAAUGAAAUUAUUGACAUAGAGUCAGAAGGUGCAAAGAUGGCUUCUUUUUCGGUGAGGAUGAUACGGAUAUUUAGAUAGCCAGAUAAUGAAUUGGCCUGGUCUAGUCAAUAUUGACUUUCUUUUUUUAUCUAUGAAGAGAAAAACUGAUCAAGGUUACUAUGGUGUAACCCAUGUGAACUCCUAUCAUGUCCCAGAAUGUUACACUAAAGUUGCCUUUUUGCUUGUUACUCACAUGUACAAGCACUGUAUUAGAAGGAAAGAGAUUUUUCAAUAAAUGCUUCAUGCUUCAUGCUUCAUGCCUUUAACUCCCAGAUCAAAAAAAAAUUGUCAUUCUCCUUACUGUCAACCAUACAAUUCUUAUAAUGUUAGUUCAGAGCAUUUAAUAUUGGAUCAACUAAUUAUCCCCCAAAGUGAUAUUUUUCUUUAUUCUCAUCAUUCAUCUGGUUGAUAUUGUAUUGAUAUUGUAAGGAGAAAUUCUGUCUUGGUCACUCAUGGGAGUUAAAGGGUUAACACUGCAGAACUACUUUUCACGAGAUAUCCUCAAUCCUUCUCCUUUACUCCAGUUGCUUAUCUAAAAUAAACAUGUGUUUUUUGGUCGUUGUUGUUUUAAAGGCUGUUACCUUUUUUGGGAUUUGUUUAUCUACUAAAAUAACCAUUAUCCAAUUUGUUUAAAUGUAUUUUCUUUGUAGGGUUCAUAUUUAGAUAUCAGUGAAUUAGAGAGGAAAUGUAAAGGUUAGUGUUCAACUCUCCACUUUUUAGUUUAUUGCAAUUGACUAUCUGCAAUUAUUCAUUAUAAAAUAAUUCAAAUAGUACGUGCACUCUGAUUGGCCAUAAAACCAUUUUAAAUGAGCGUUUGUAAACACGGUUUUCGUUCCUCUUUCAUUAGUUAUUUUAUAAAAGAAAUGUAACUGGUUUCAGUGUUUACAUAGUCUGAUGUAAACACUUGGGAGGUUGGGAGAACACUCGAUAAGCUGGAAACCACUCCGCUUCACAUCGUGGUUUCCUACACUUAUCUCGUGUUCUCCCAGCCUCCCGCGUGUUUGCAUCAGGCUGUGUAAACACAGAAACCAUUUUACAUUUCUUCAAUAGUGUUCAUUUGAGAUCAGAGAUUGGAGAAGUUUUCAUUUAUUUGUAGGUUUGCUAUAAAUCAAAUAUAAAUCGUCUUUUAACCAAAACAAGCUCCAAUGAAAUAAAAACAGAUGAACAUAUUCCCAAAGUUAAAUAACAAAAAUCAUAGUUUUAGUCAGAAUGUAUUCAAACAGGAAUUUCAUGAUGAAUCACAGAGGAAAUGUUUUCUCCAGGCAUUUGUUUACUGAUGUCAAAAGCAUGAAUUUGAAGCAUGCUCAUGCAAAUUAAUUUGUUUACACAAAUUUACUAUAACAGCUAUUUUAUAAAUAAAGUAAUUCCUUGAUUUUAACUAUUACUCUUUGUUUUCUUUCCUAGAAUUAAAAGCUCUAGAAAGCAGCUCCCACAGUUGGAGUAGACAUUGCAGCAGAAAAAGGAAUCAACAGAAAACUGAAAGGAGUAAAAGCUCUACGUUAGUGGAUGAUUUAUUACAGAGAAGCAAAAAGGAAGCAGAAAAGAAUUCCAUUUCAACUUCAAGUAAAUCCUUGUGUCCAUGCCAAAAGAUAAAGGAUUCCAUGGAGUUUGGUUUGAGUUGGUAAGCGAGUCUGGGAAAUAGCAAUAACCCUUCUCUCCUAUUAGUGAUAAACAUGUAACUUCUCCUUACAAUAUCUAUACAUUAUCCAGCAAACAGUUAAUGAGAAUACUCAAACUUAUUAGGUAGAACUUUAUAAGAAAAUGUGGAAGGGAGAAUCAACAAUCAGAUGUAUUUAAAGUUAAGUCCUGUUCUCAAUUGGUCAUUAAAAAAAAGAAAGAGAGACAGAUGCAGUAUGAAUUGCCAGGCAGACUGUGUAAACUGUUUAACCGCAUUUGGUAAGCUCAUGCUGCAGAGCACUGGGGGAGGUGGAGGGUUCAAGCCCUAGACCAGACCAACACUCAAGGUUUUAAAAUAUUAGAGGGGAAUGUGCUGCCUUUGCUUCAACAUGGGCAAAGGAUAAGGAUGAUAAGCCAUAGGCCCUGUCUCCUGUCUCUACUCUGUAUUUGUUAGCAGGGGAUGUUAAAGAACUCAGGCACUUCUCACCAAAGGUUGGGAAUGUAGCUCCUGAUGUUAUGGCCUAGCUCUGUCAUUGUUUAAAACUGGGCCAGCCUGUCUUAAUAUCACAAUUACAUUGCAUUACAUCUUGAAUUUUCCAUUUUACCUUAAAAAUAAAUGAGUUGGCCUGAAUAAAGGAAAUGGAAUUAUCCGAAUAUUCCACAGGGAAGGCCCAUAAUUGUAAUAAUGAGACAAAGCCUUUGGUUGAUUAUGUCAUUUUUUUUGAUGGAGGAUUUGGAUUCUAAACUCAGAGGCAUCCUCCUUUGUUCCAGUGGCUGUGUUCAACAGUGCACAGUUCCACAACAGACCUGGAGGUAAAACAAUGGAUGUUAAAUCCCAAGCAUGCUUUGGUUCUAUAAGCAUGCUUGCUAUGAGCUUUGUCCAAUAUGACAAAUAUCAGAACUGUUAUUCAAGUCCAUACUUUUUGCUGGGUAAUCCUUGUUCUAAACUAAACAAACAAUUUAGGGUGAUAUUCACUUCAAUUGGCAUUUUGGGUUAGAAUUGUCUUCUGUUAUGAAAUUUUGUUUCCAACUGUUUACUCAAAGGAAUAGGAAAUCCUUUAUUGUGCUUGUUUUAAAGCCAUAUUUUUUUGAAUUGGAAGUUUUUCUUAGGCACUCACCUACUCUUAAUGUAUGUGUCACUCUCACAUUGGAAUCACAUUGAGUAGUCGUUGCAUUUAAUAAGUGCUACUGAUAGUAUAUUCCUUUCUGUAAGAUUUCUCUAAUAAAAAAAUUAACCCUUCCACUGCAACAAACUCAAAAGUAAUUCUGCUUUGUUUUGCCACACUUUUCUUAUUUUGUUAGCUCUGGUGUUUAAUUGGUGAUUUGAUGAUGUUUAAUUGGUGUUAAAUCAAGUAUCCUCUCUUGGUUGAUAUUUUUCUUUAUUCUCAUGACCUCACUAUUUGCUAUUGUAUUGGUAUUGUAAGGAGAAAUUAUUCUUUGGUCCUUCCUGGAAGUGAAAGGGUUAGUGGGAGGGGAGAUGAGAUGUUAUUAAGUCUGGAGAUUCCUGUGCUUACCAGGGAAAAUUCAUGUUUCUGCUUAACCCUUUAACUGCUAUGCUUGACCAAGAUGGUAUUUCUCCUAACAAUAUAAGUGCAUUAUCAAGCAGACAAGUGAUGAGAAUUGGGGAUUAUAAGUUGAUCCAGUGCCAAAUUCUCCAAAUUAAGAUCACAAGAAUUGUAUGGCAGAUAGUGAUGUUGCCCUUGUAUGAAUUCGUGGACACUUCACUUACUUACUGUUAAACAAAUCACCAAUGAUACUCAUCUUGACUGAGUUGUAGAAAAUUUCCUUUCCCCCAGAGUUGGUUUUGAGAAAAAGAAAAAAAAUUUUCAGGAUAAAGAGAAUACAAAAAACCGAAAGCUCACAUGUUCAAUUUAUUUUAGGAACAAAAUGUCAUCAGAUAAUCAAGUUGAGGCAGUUGAAUUGCUGACAAGAGUUGCUUCAAUGACCAUGGGACUAAGAGAACAAAUGGACAUCAUUAAGAUAAUAAAUCCGGAGGCAACUGUCCUUCCAACAGACACAGAAUUUGAAAUAGGUAACUAUGGCAUUUGACUGAAAAUGAAAUUUCCCUUAAGUAUCUUGGUGUAACAUUUAUUAUUUAUCAUGAAACUACUCUUGUUGCAAGUAUAGUUUUAAAAUAUGUGGACAGGUAACAAAUGAAAGAUUAAAUAACUAUUGUCAAGGAAACUAAGGAUUUCAUGAAUUCUUUUUUGACUUGUUUUAGAAAACAAAUUUGUUGAAUGUGUUGCUGAACCUUUUUCAGAUAUUGAGUCGUUCAAUGAAGCUAAAUUUGAAAGAAUACACAGAUACAUUAAGGACCAUCUCUCUAGAGAUUCUUGUCCUCUGUGCUCAGGUAAUAUUUAAGCUCUCAUUUAUUUAUUUAUUAUUUGGUUUGUUUUAUUGACAACUUGUUUUGGCCUCCACCUAGAGCAAUCAUCAAUUGAGUGUUGAAAGUAAGGCAGGAUUGCUGAAACUUGUACCAUGUAGCCAGUUUAUCAGAUUGAAAACUAAUUUUAAACCAAUUGUGACUUGGUCACAAAAGUCAUUGCCACAUGUUACUGAUGGUCAGAAGAGAUAGAACAUAAGAAAUUCUUGAUGAAUCGAAUGAGACAAGAUUGGUAGAUAGCAUUUUUAAAAUUUUUUUAACAUCAUGUUGAGAAAUAACUUUGGCUGCCAUUUUUUUUUUUUUUUUUUACCAGAAUCAACGUCAGAAACAUGCAGACAGAAUUCAAAUUUCACCCAUAGGAAGCAUUCAAAGGUAAAAAUUUUAAUGGUGUUGAAAAAAGGUGAAAUUGAGAGAGGAAAACUGGUGGUCACAGCUGCAGUUUGCAGAAUGCUGUUCUAAAAUGAACCUUCUGUAGUUGACGAUCUUGUUUUGCAACAAGUUCUCUGUAGUUGAGACGUUAGAACCUUGGUAAUGAAAUAGGAAGGUCAAAGUUUCAGUUAAAUGAAUUUCAGAGAGUGUUUUAAUAUCUUUCUUUACUCAACAGCUAAGUUAAGAAUUAAAAGUGCAUUAGUGAGGUGAAAAUGGCAUAUCUUUUGUUUCAGUUUUUUAUAAAUUGUAUGAGCUCACUAUAAGGUGUGUUUCUUUCAGAGAAAACCUAGGGGAACUCUUAGUAUGAAAAGAAUUUCAAGAAAAUCCUCCAAACAUAAAGGCUUGUUGAAACGAGUUCACAGACAAAUGUUAAAAGAACAGAAAAGUGGUCUCUUUCAGAAUGAGGAGGUGAGAUUACAUGUCUUUGGAAGACAGUUAUAAUUCAUUUUUAGAGAAUCCCUUAAGGUAAACCCAAGAAUUUUAAACUAUGUCAUUGAAAAAGUAUAUGUUUUUUCAUUUUUACAUGUUGAAAUAAUUAUUCUGAGGGUACUCAUAGAUUCUGAGAAAUAACCAAGCUGUUUAAAACAUUUGUAAUAAAUUUAUGACUAUGGACGCUGCCAUGUAACAUCUUGCCUAGUCAAAUUUGUUAAAUUAAUUUUGUUUCUAGUAGUUACCAAGGGACACUUUUUUAUUUUUUUUUUUUCACUUUGCAGGUAAUUUCACUAAGCUCAAGGAAUAAAGAUGAAGCUAAUGAUGUUGAAGUUGACAUCCUUUGCUAAUAUUUGUUUUUU